UGACUGAAUUUCCAUUUCAUUUCCAUUUCAUUUGGGACUCAUUUGGCAUUCAACCAUUUUCUUCUUGUUCCAGUGUCUUCACAGACCAACUAGAAACCAAAUCUAUAGAUACAACGUAUAUACAUAUAUAGAUCUGUGUAUACAUGAUGGAAUGUAUCGCCGUAAAUGGUUGAAAAGUAUUUGAACUAUUUCCUGUGUCUAGAUUCUAAUGGAAACGAAUCUCAGCAAUUGAAAGCUAUCGAAAAGAUCUAUGCCUGUUUUUCGAUUUUCUUCGCGGUGGAAGGAUUUUGAAAGCUAGAUCUCAGGUGAUCCUGUGGCUGAUUGGUUCUGGGGGUUUGAUUUUUGGCGAUUCAAUUUUGGAAGAGAAUUCAAGGAGCUGAAACAGGGAGGGAGCUUGUUUUCCUUUCGAGAAAAUGCCGGGGCACGGGGAUUUGGAUAGGCAGAUAGAGCAAUUGAUGGAGUGCAAGCCGCUGUCGGAGGCGGAGGUGAAGGUUUUGUGCGAUCAAGCGCGGGCGAUUUUGGUGGAGGAGUGGAACGUUCAACCGGUUAAGUGCCCCGUGACUGUGUGCGGCGAUAUCCAUGGGCAGUUCUACGAUUUGAUCGAACUUUUUCGUAUCGGCGGCAACGCUCCGGAUACGAACUACCUUUUCAUGGGAGACUACGUCGAUCGUGGGUACUAUUCAGUGGAGACAGUCACACUUCUAGUGGCUCUAAAAGUUCGUUAUAGAGAUAGAAUCACAAUCCUCAGAGGAAAUCAUGAAAGCCGACAAAUCACACAAGUGUAUGGCUUUUAUGAUGAAUGCUUGAGGAAGUAUGGCAAUGCCAAUGUCUGGAAGUAUUUCACUGAUCUUUUCGACUACUUGCCUUUGACAGCACUUAUUGAGAGUCAGGUCUUCUGUUUGCAUGGUGGCCUUUCACCAUCACUUGAUACCUUAGAUAACAUUCGAGCUUUGGAUCGUAUACAGGAGGUUCCUCAUGAAGGGCCUAUGUGUGAUCUCCUAUGGUCUGAUCCAGAUGAUCGAUGCGGUUGGGGCAUAUCCCCCCGUGGGGCCGGCUACACUUUCGGACAAGACAUAGCCGGCCAGUUCAACCACACCAAUGGCCUCACCCUAAUCUCAAGAGCACACCAGCUCGUCAUGGAGGGCUACAAUUGGUGUCAGGACAAGAAUGUAGUGACAGUUUUCAGCGCGCCAAACUACUGCUACCGGUGCGGGAACAUGGCUGCAAUACUCGAAAUCGGGGAGAACAUGGAGCAAAACUUCCUUCAGUUCGACCCAGCUCCUCGACAGAUCGAGCCGGACACAACGCGCAAAACGCCGGAUUAUUUCUUGUGAGCUUAGGGCUGUCAGAAUGCAUUUUCUGUUGGUUGGUUCUUGUAGAUGUUGCUUGAGAAAGAGUAAAUCUGCUGCUGAGGUUUCAAUGUCUGCACCAUUCUUUAUCUGGAGUUUGCUCUACUCCUGACUUUGUUUAUCUGCCCGGGACAAUUUGAUGGGAGGGAGAGUAUAUUUGGUCUUUGUAUAUUUAAUUUUUUUUUCUUGAAAAGAGAAAAUAGCACUGAAGAAUUGGAUAAUAUAUUAUGUGGAAACUGUAAACUCAA